AUGCAAAAUAUAAGUGACAGAUUCACGUCGGCUGAGAAGAAUCUGCAACCCCCCAAAGAGGCGACUGGUUCUUUCGAACAGUACAUGGCCAGAAAGUGCUAUGUCGGACGAACUAUGAAGGUCAUAACAUGGGAGAAACAACUGAAAGGAUCUUUAGCUAUGACUGAUACCUUCCCAGUGUCAGCCGAGAGUCUCGUCAACUUCCUCAAAGUGGACUCGGAGGAAAUGCGCAAACUGCUCAAAGACAUGGCCGAAUAUUUCACUCGGGCAGUUCCGUUUCCGCCAGGGUUCCCAGUGUACCUGGAACUACCGGUGAUUCCGACAACCAAGUUUUACAUCAAGAUGGAUAAUUUCCUAUGGGGGCUGCCCAAAGAAGUCGAGGAAGAUCCGGACUUUUUCAAAAUACCCGAGGGCUGUGAACUUGUUGAAGAACUGUGA